UCGGACGCGGCGGUGUUAUAAGACAAGGCGGGCUGCAUUAUCGCCCACCAGUCAGCAUGGAGACGUCGCUUGUGGUGUUGACUUGCGUCCUGUCGCUCGCGGCCGUACAAGUGGUACUGGCCAGACCUGCGGACUCACAGGCGUGCGAAGCUAACAGCACCUUCAUGUUGGACUGCAACACGUGCUGGUGCAACAGCGAUGGCACGAGCUACGGCUGCACGAAGAAAGGCUGUCCCCCGGCGAUAGAGAGGACUGGCAGUGGAAACACGCGCGUGGCUAGAAGUCGCGCAACGGUCUGCGCUCCGUACUCGACCUACAACGACGGCUGCAACACGUGCAGAUGCAACAAAGACGGCACAGCUGCUGCCUGUACUUUGAAGGCGUGCCUUGAGAAAACCAUUACACCAAACGCCUAGUAAAUCACACUGCCGCAUAUUUAUUUCAUACUUCUGUUUCAAAAUGUAGCGUAAAUAAAAUAAAAGUAUUUUUUUAUAAA